AUGGGAAAUACGAAAGAAAUUCUCCUACCUCUUGCUAGCCCUCUGGUCGCUGUCGCUCCUCUACCUGCUGCACAUCGCCGUCGUCCGCCUCGACGUCCUGAGGAUACGCUCCCACCUGCGCUCGCCCUCAAGCCACCGCAUCGCCGCACAGUCGCUGCUCGCCGCCGCACGCGUCAGGGCACUCGCCAGCGUCAAGUACUUCUCACCAUAAUCGUGCCUUCACCCACAUACUCAACCACCCACCCACUCAACCACUCAACCACUCACCCAACCACUCACCCACACACCCACCCACUCAACCACUCACCCACUCACCCACUCACCCAACCACUCACUCACCCACUCACUCACCCACUCAACCACUCACCCACUCAACCACUCACUCACCCACCCACUCACCUAAUCACCCACUCAACCACUCACCCACCUACUCACCCACCCACUCACUCAACCACUCACCCACCUACUCACCCACUCACAUACUCACUCACUCAACCACACACUCACCCAACCACCCACCCACUCACUCACUCACCUACUUACUCACUCACUCACCCACUCAACCACUCAACCACAUACUCACCCACCCACUCAACCACCCACUCACUCACUCACUCAACCACUCACUCACAUACUCAACCACUCAACCACUCACUCACCCACUUACCCAACCACCCAACCACUCAACCACUCAACCACUCAACCACUCACCUAAUCACCCACUCAACCACCUCCGCUUUCACUGGUCGCUUCGCUCCCUGCCUUCCCUCCUCCCUCACCUCCUCCAUCAAUCUUGAAGAUCUUAAAAAUAAGCUUAAUAUAUUCACUGUGGGAGACCAAUCUAAAGAAUGUGAAAAGCUGCUAGAAAAUCUCACAGACGGUUUAGAGAGAUUCUUGGGAUACGAUAAAGAGUCCAAAGGCUACGAUGGCUCCGGCAUCGUGUACUCCGACCUUGACAGGCUCUGCGACGGGGUGAUGUCUUUCCUUCAUGGUGUUUUAGAUAACAUUCAGCCUAAAUUAGGCUUACAUAAAAAUAGAAUUGAUAAAGCAAUUGAGUCUCUUAAUCUUCAUAAACACUCUGGUAAAGAAGGUUUUAAUGCUGCGAUUGGCGCAGUGGUGUUGGGGGUGAGGCAGUAUAAUGAGGGUGUUGUAAACUCUAAUAAUCUUGUGAAGAAGCCUAUUGAAGCAUUGAUGCAGAAGAUGAAGAUUCUCAAUGAACAGGUAAGUAACUUAAAUACAAUUAAUGUUGCUGCAGGUGAAAUUGACAAGGCCGUGAGGGACGUGAACCAGAAGGUGGAGGACACUACAGGCUAUGCCAAGACGUUUUCCAAAGGCAUUGCAAGCGCUAAAGAAGACAUUAAGGAUUUAAAUGACGACUUGGAAUUGAAGGUUAAGAAUGCUAAAGACAAUAUUUUCCAUGAGGUUACGAGGCUUCAUGAAAUUCACAAGCAGCAGAAAGAGGAUCUGACAGCUGUGACCGAGAACGUUAAAAAUAAGCUUAAUGAUGCUAGAGAGCAGAUUGAUUCGCAGAUCAGUCAACAGGUUACUGCGCUUGUUGAGAAGUUGAAGAAAUUGGUUGCAGAACUUUUGACUAAGCUUAAGGAGCUUGACAAGUGGCUGAAGCAGUAUGUCACCGACUUAGAAACUCGAAUGAAGGAAGCAGAAGAAAUCGUUAAGGCAGUGGGAGAGAAAGUGGAAAAAAUAUUGGAAGAGGUUGAUAAGAAUGGUAAACAUAAGAUAGCGCUUAAAGAAGCAGCGAACAUGAUUAGGCAGAAGGCUUUUUCGCUUAAGGAGGCAGGAGAGGCGGCUAAGAAGAAGGCUCAAGAGGAACUGAAGACGGCGUUAGGGGCUGUUAUAAAAAUGAACACUGCGCUUAGAACGGAUUUGGAUGACGUGAAUAAGAGAAUUAAUCAGGGGAUCAGAGAGUAUGUUACGAAGCUGGGAGAGGCGUUGCAUAAGGGUAUGACAGUAGCGAAAUAUGAUGUUUGGGAUACGACAACUACGCCGGGCGUUAAUGCAUUGCACAAUGCCGUGACGAGAACAUAUAAAGAUAAGUUGGGAGCGUUCGGUGAUAAGCUUCAACAGGUUCUUCAGGAGGCCAUGAAAACGGACGAGCAAGGAAAGCCCAACGACCUUGGAAAAUAUAUUGAAUGGUUCUUGCAUGAUCUUAAUAAGGCAAAAGCAAAAUUGGUUGACUUGAAGGGGCCAUCUAUUCCUCAAGCAGAAGAUAUCGUCAAAGAACUCAACGCCUACCUUAUGAAGCCCGUUGAAGAGCAGUUGCCGACUCGAGGAGUAGACGUUGACAUAACGAAGAGACCGGAAAUUUUGAGGGCUUAUAAAACACACGUUAACCAAGAGAACCUUUUGUCCAGUAGCCCAGAACAGCUAAAAGGAGAGCUGCCAGAUGCCAUCAAGAAAAUUGAAACAAAGGUGACCGAAGCUUUAACAAAUAUCCAAACUCUCGAUGCUCAAGCAAAACAACAGUUGGAUCACGUUAAUGAGCAUCUCGACAGUUUAUGCCAAGCAAUCACAACAUUUGCAGAAACCGGCGACGAUAGCGCUAAAAACAAAAUAACUGAAUUGAAAAGAAAAAUUGGCAUCACUCUAAAGGGUGAGCAGACAAGCUUCCAAAAAGUUCGUGAUAACCUCAAUCAGCUUAGAGAAGAUAAUCUGAGGAAGGCAAUAAACGACGCCGAAAACUUUGCUGUUGAAGCCGAGGAGGAAAGGAAGAAAACAAUUCAAGAACUGAAUACACAUGUACAAGAUACACUUGAAUCCGCCAAAUCCACCAUCACCAACGACGUAAAAUCCCGGUACGUCAAAUUCGUCAAAUCGCAGCUCACAAAGUUCGCUGACAAGGUCAUCAAGGAACUCGGAACACUCCCAAAAGAAAUUACCGACGACGCUAAAUUGAAAUUUAAAGGCUUCAUGGGAGUGUUCCAACAGAAAUUGACGGACAGUCAAUUGCCUACAAAUUUGGAUGGCAACGCAAAAUUAGAGACACUGUCCAGCAGGGCAAAAACAUUCUUCACUGAGCUGCUCAAGACGCUGAACAUGCGGCCUCAAAUCAUGGACUCUAAUAACCUCUCGAAGCUGCGAAGCAAACUAGACACACUUUUCACUGACCUCACCAAAUACAACACAAAAUUCGUUAAUGACUUAUCCGCACUUAACACUUUACUCACCGAUAUGCAUCCCGAUUCGUACUCCCACCAGAACAACCCGCUGCUUCAGUUCCUCAAAGGAGGCAUAACAAAUAUGCACAGUGAGUUAGAUAAGGCGUACGUCAGCGUGUAUGACAGCGCAAGAGCGAUCGAGUGGGACAGAAAGGACAAUCCCGAAACAACGUACUGCGCCAAAGCGUUUCUGACCACAGUUCCCAUCCUCACAGAUCUAAUGGAUAUAAACCAAUCGUGCAUGAACAGCGAAUGGUGUCGAAAAUCAGUUUUCAGUUCCGAAAACAAAGGUCCCGUUGCAAAAUAUUUGAAACAUUAUGGCUACGAUAUUCCAACAUCCUCCGACAAAGCAGAUGGCCACUUGAGACGUGACAUCACCGGUAUAAUUAUCGGUACACUUCUGAAUAAUAAUAACAAUAACAGUAGACUUUUUACACACCUCGGCAAAAACGAUGGCCUUAUACAGCAACUUUACGAAUAUCUCCAUCUUUACUACGAGGUCUCUCACCUAUACACUACCUCCAAGAGACAUCCCUCUUCAGUAUACGAAAUGUUGACGUGGCUUACCGGCCUACCACACAAUCCAGUGUACCAAGAUUUAUCGUUCGACGGUUUCAGUAGCCUCUUCGAUAAGCCGAAGAACACAGCAUCGGAAGGCGACAUCGGCGUUACAGAUCUCAGUGCCCUUCAUCUAAAAGCGUCCCCGGCGACAUUCACAGCGCAGGACGUCUCCAACGCGCUUACAGCAGUAUGUUCCAAAGCCGAAGACGUACUGAUUUCAAUUCUCGGUCACGGCCAUGCUGACGGCAUAUAUGCCGUUGAGUUCUCGAACAACUCACUCAAUUUGUCGUAUCCGUCUUCUCCAUCACAGUGCUUAGUUUUUCUUGCAGACCUACUAUAUAGAUUGUAUCAGCAGCUUAUUUUCCUAUACCAACAGUGUAAGCAUGGUCAGUUUUGUAGUGGGUGGAAUAAGUGUUGGUAUGGUCAGGGAAUUGCCGGCUCAUCGUGGAGUUGUAAUACUCUACAAUGCCCCAACCAAACAGGUGACCAAAACGCUGACCAAAAAGGUAACCAAAAGCACAACCAAACGUGUGACCAAAAGUGCAAGCAACAUAGUGACUGCGGUAUUAAAUCGCCGCUUCAGUCUUUCCUAGAAGACGGCUUGGUAGGCUUCCUUCCACAUCAGCUUACAAAAUUAGGCUGUGGAGUGGCAUGUUCACUUGGUAGUCACAGAGGUCAACCGUGUAUUACACCGAUGGGCUUCCCAGAUCUCAGUGCGAUGGCCUCUCACAGGCAGACGGGCAAGUAUCUAGAGGAGGUGUUGUACGAAUUUUGUGGCAAGCCAGACAAACCACUUACACAACUCUGCAGUUAUAUAACAUGUAUAUUACAACGCACUCCGCAGACACUCGGUGACCUGUUCGCUUUUUACUUUAAUUUCCUUGACAAGUGGAACUCUAACGACGGCCAUAAGCGUCAUGCGUUUGUUAAUGCCGUCCAAAGUGCGAACUUUGGGGAUGCGAAAACAACCCUCGAAAUCGGUUCCAUGUUCGGCAGCAGUGACCACUCUGGACGGACGCAUCGCAAUGCAAACCUUCACUCGCUUGUUAAGUGCGAAGCUAACAAGGGUGACGCUUCCCUUCCAUGCGGUACAUACCUUAAGCCAAUCUGCCGUGACAUUUGGAACACGUUCUCCAGUAAGAACUCCGGUAAAUAUCUCUCAUGGAUCGUUUACCUCAGUGAAACGUUCUAUGACCUGUUGAAAAAAUUGUAUGACGACUGCUGUGCAACGUGCGACAAGAAGGGCACACGGUGUUAUGAAAAAUGCUGUACAGAGAAAUGUCCAGUUAAAUACACGGAUAAGAAUGGGCAAUCUACCACACCGUCAAUAAGAGACACGCAUACUCCAGACUGUAGUUCCAUUGUAAAAUGUCCACACACUCUUCGAACGUUGUCUAAAUAUGGUUUCUAUUUCGGAAGCUCAUGGCGGAUGAGCGGUGAGCGUGGCGAGAAGACCAAGCGCACAUGUAGGGAUCUAUGCAGAGCGCUGGACAGAGUGCUGAGUAAAAAGAAAGAAGACGGCGCGGCGCUAGCUAAAAUGGCCAUUUAUGUUGACAUUAUUAGCCCUCUGGUCGCUGUCGCUCCUGUACCUGCUGCACAUCACCGUCGUCCGCCUCGACGUCCUGAGGAUACGCUCCCACUUAAAAUCACCCUCAAGCCACCGCAUCGCCGCGCAGUCCCUCCUCGCCGUUGCAAAGAGGAUGCCAGAAAGAAAGCUUUGAAGGAUAUUACUGACAGGCAGACUACGCUUAAUGAGCUUAAAGAAAAACUUAAAGAUUUUAUUGGCGAUGAAAAUUGUAAAAACCUAUUAACAAAUCUCACUGAAGGCUUAGAAAAAUUCCUUGGUUACGACAAAACGUCCAAAGGCUACGACGGCACCGGCAUCGUGUACUCGGACCUUGACAGGCUGUGCGACGGGGUGAUGGCGUUCUUGCAUUCCGUGCUUAAAAAUGUCUGUGAUAAACAGCCUUACAAAGUAGGAAAAGAGAAGUUUUUUACUGAAGUUGUAAGUGUUCUUGAGAAGAAAUUAUGUUCAGGUCAUGAGGGUUUUAAGGAUGUCAUUGCCCAGGUGGCCACGGGUGUCGGGGGGUAUAAUAGGGAGGUGGAGAGGUCUAAUAAUCUUGUCAAGGGGAAGAUUGAAGAAUUACAAGGCUUCGUGAAGGACGAAAAAAAAGGUAAGUGGCUUGAUAGGGUUAACGGUCUGCAGGCGGAGAGUGUUGGUAGAGAUCCGAAUCCCGACAAAGAGGAUCCCGAGGUCUCCAAGGCCAAGGAGCUGGUGCAGGAGUGUGAGCAAAAAAGUGACGCUUUCAAUAGGAGUUUUGAUAAUAGAAUACCAAACGCAUGGAACAAAGGUUCCAAAAUUGAACGCAAGCAAGAAUUCAAAGACUUGAAUCCCGCAUUACGUGACAAAAUCGAGAAUGCGAAGAAAAACAUUUCGUAUGAGACUGACAGGCUUAGGACUUUGACCAAGAAGGAAAAUGAGAAGUUGUAUGAGAUGACUACGCAAAUUAAGAGUACGCUUGAAGUUCUAAAGAGAUGCGUUAAUAGGGAAAUCGACACGAAAGUAAGAGAGCUUGUGAAGAAGAUAAAUGAGAAAGUCACGCUUAUUUUGGCAGACCUUAAGGAGAUUAAUGAGACGCUGUAUAAGUAUGUCGAGCAGUUGCGGAAGUGGAUAAAUGAUGCGGAUGGAAUUGUAGAUGGUGCCAUUAAGGAGGCGAGGAAAAUCGCGGAUAAGGGUCUCGCAUGGCCAACAGAUGAUCAGCUUAAGGGUAAAGUUGAUGACUUAAGAAAUAAGGGUGUGGAGAUAUACGGAAAGUUUGAGAGUGCUAAAAAUCAAGUUGCGCAAUUGGUUCAAGCAGCGCAGGAUAAAGUAAGGCUUUUGGAAGAGGCGGUUCGGUAUGAUUUGAAUCAUGUGAAAACGCAGCUGCUGACCAAGCUUGCGGAAUACGUUCAGGGGUAUGUCACGGAAGUGCAAAAGAGGGUGAAUGAGAUCAUUGCUGGUGAGAGCAGUAAAAGCGAUGGUCUGAAGGGUAUUAAAGAGAAGAUAGUGCAGAAAUAUGCGGAGGGGUUUCAGAGUGACAGUGCCUUUGAGGCCAAAGUAAAGGAGUGGUUGGAAAAUAUUUUGAAGGAGAAUAAGAUGGUUAAAAAAGAGAUUGUUGGGUAUUUAAAACAUGGCCAGAACCAGAGUAGGCUUAAUAAGAAAUACAAUGAGAGCAACGAUGUAAAUUAUGAGGAGGCCAGCAAAAAGAUCGCAGACAUAAUUAUCGACCAGAUGAAGAAAAAGUUUGAUAGUGGCAAAAUAUGGGCAGCUCCAAACAAAAGUCCAGAUGGUCCCACAGACUGCAUAAAAUAUAAUUUGGAAUAUAUUAAGGGCGUUUGUGAUAAAUUCGCCGAGAGUCUUAAUGGAAAACUUGAAGAAGAUGGUAUUUAUAAAGGUGAGCAUGUUAUUGACAAAAUAUCCGCUGCGAUUAAGGAAUCUGGAGACGACAGCAAGGCGUUGUUUCAUAAACCUCCCGAUGACAACUAUACUUUCACAUUUGCCGUCCGUAAUACCCUCGCCGCCCUCUCUUCCACCGCCAAACGCUUCGCCGACGAACUCAACAAAUUCGCCCUCACCAAAGGGAAGCCCAGCGUCGGAGACAGCAACACCAAUCUCGCCGCCAACCUGGACGCCGCGCUCAAAGUGGCUACCGAUAUGGACACUGCUUUUGAGAAGGCGCUUGAAAGACCAGAGCCCGGUUCCACCUCAAAUACACACAAAAUAUUCGACCCCAACUCUGCUGACCUCGAAGCCAACAUCCAAAAGACUAUCAGCGAGGCACUGGAUAAGCAGAUUGGGCCGACUGGUGACGGUGGUGAUGACAUGGGUAAAAUAAAGACACUUGAAAAGCUUACAACAUCGUUCACUAAACCGAGCGGCAGAACCAGUAAGAAAGAAGAGCUCACCACCGCCAUCAACGAAAUCUCUUCCCAGACGGACGAAGCGUUCCUAGCUGCGAACACAGCCACAGGUAAUGCAGUGAAAUUCGACACAUUGUCCAAAGAGAUCAAAGAGAAGCUCACUAAGAUAUUGAAUGCCUUCGCUGCCAAAGGUAAAGAAGUCAAAGACGCUUUGCAAAAGUUUAAAGUCGACAACAUCGGCAAGAAAAUGCAAGGCGUCACAGUUAAGGAUGACACGCUGCAAAAACUUCACGACGAUCUCCUCGAACUGCAGAGCGUUACAUUGGACAAAGUCAUAAAAGCAACCACAGAAUUGAUGAAAGUUCAAGUCCCUAAAUUCCGAGAAGCUUGCAUCAACACUCUCCAAGGACACGUCGACCAACAGGUAGAAGAUGCCAUCACAAAACUCACCACCCUGGCCAACAAAAAUUACGUGACGUCAGUCAAGGAGAUGUUGCAAGCAUUUGCUAGCAGAGUUCAAAAGAUACUGCAGCCUCUGCCAACAGCCAUCGACACCGACCGAAAGGAGGGCUUUAAGGGUUUUAUGAGAACCUUUGAAGGCAAAAUUACCGAUAAUGCAACGACUGACGAAAACAUUAAAAAGCUCAAAGAUCUUGCAGAUCAGCAAGCUGACUCAGCUGAGCAGAAAGCAAAACUCUUCAAAACUUUAUCUGCAGAAUUCCAAAAAUGGUACAAUCACAUCAACACGUAUAUCCUCGGUGAAACUAAAAGGGAGCACGGAGAAAAUAUGCAAAACAGAAAUCCCCCAGUAGACGGCGAAAGCAAUCCACAUCCCUGUGUAGAGCACCUCGGCACUAUGAAAAAUAAGUUAGACACUUUACUUAAUCAUCUUAGUGCGCUUGACAAUCCGAAUAGAAAAUACAUUUUUGACACCACCUUCCAAGAACAUCUCUCCGCCCUCCACGCCCUGCUCACAACAGUCCGCCCCGAUUCGUACUCCGCCCCCAGCAAUCCCCUGCUCGACCUUCUCACAAGAGGCCUGACAGGGAUGUACGCUGAACUCGAAAAGGCGUACAUCUCGACGUAUGACAGUCAGCCGUGGCAGGCGGAAGAGGGAGAGAAGUAUGCGAAGGUGUGCUUGAGUAUAAUGGACGGGAUGCAAAAACAUCUAGGUGAUUUGAGUAGAGAAAGUAAUUCAAAUAAUAACAACCAGAUUAAUUUAUCGAACGGCCUAGGAAAUGCCUUCUUCGACCGAGGCUUCAAGGUGGCCACCGCCAAGGACAAGCAGGACGGUGAAUUAAAAAAUGAUAUCAAUAUGCAAGGCAACAAAAUUCGCGACUUAUGUUAUAAUAAAAUUAUCGUCUCGACGAGUCCGACCAAAGAGUUCUUGAAAAUAUAUUUCCCAGGUUUGAAAGACAAUGUGAACCUUAAAGAUAUAUUAGACGUCUUAUACACUAUGCUUGUUAGGUACCGAGAAGUCCGCCACCUACGCCAUAUCCCCGGCGCCAAGCCUCCGACAACAGUCUGCCAGAUGCUACAGUGGCUUGCUGGUCUUUCGUAUAAUCGUAUUUAUACCAAAUUGGAGGGUAAGUUCGCAGAAUUUUUUGAUAACAAAGAAAAGGAUAAAUCAGCGAAAAUACCAAUAGAAGUGGCAAUGCCUUCAAGGAGAAGCGAGAAGAUGCUGCGAUCUCUCACCUUUGACGAAAUGUCAGACCUAUUCAACAAUAUAACCAUCCGCCCAUAUCACAUAUUAGUUACCAUCCUCGGCAACGGCCAUGCCGACGGCCGUUAUGCCUGUGACUUCCUAACAAACCCAGAUGAUUUAUUUUAUCCAAGUGAUACAGAUCAAUGUUUAGAUAUGCUCGUAGAAAUAUGUCUUAGACUGAAUGAACAAAUCCUUUUCCUAUUUAAGCAGUGCCAAAAUGGCCCGGGCAGUAGUGGCUGGCGUGAUUGCUUGUACGGUCGUGGAGUAGGCGGCUAUGCUUGGACCUGCAACGACAAACCAUGUGCCAACCAAAACUGCUCCCAAAUAGCUAACCAAAUGCACAACCAAACACCUAACCAAAAAACCAACCGAUAUUGUGGUCAACAGUGUGACCAGCAUCCUAAAUGCGGUUUGAAAUCACCACUCCAAUCGUUCCUUGAGGAUGGCCUAGUAGGCUUCUUGCCGCAUUCGUUCACAACUCCCGGUUGUAAACUCACGUGUACCGUGUCCAAUCACAAAGGACUUCCAUGUAAGACCCCUAUGGGCUUUAAGGACCUAAGUCAAAUGGCUUCACGAACUGGCAGUGGCCGGUGUAUUAAGGAUGUCCUUGAUCCGUUCUGUGGUACAAGAGAGUGCUCACUGAGCCUAAUUUGUUCCUAUUUCAUAUACCUGUUGCACCGACCACCUCAAACGCUGGGAGACAUGUUUGCGUUCUAUUAUAAUAUCCUUGAUCACUGGUGUGAUGACCAUUCUAAACAAAAAGAGCACAGGCGACAAGCGUUCGAUGAUGCCGUUGAAAGAGCCAACUUGGGACGUCCUCAUUCUGAUUUGGACAUCACGAAAAUCUUAGGUUCUAAAAUCCAUAGCUCCGACAACCACCCCAAAGGUGAUCUGUUCAGCCUUUUGUCUUGCGACCCUGAGACAACUCCAAGCUUCCCAUGCGGAUCAUAUUUACAGUCCAUGAGCGAUGACACCCGGCUGUUGUAUUCUAAAGGUUACGCUGAUAACUAUCUGUCAUGGAUUGUCUACAUAACAGAGACAUUUUACGAAUUACUUAAGCAGUUGUAUUCCGAGUGUUGUACGAAGUGCAAUACGCAGGGCACCAGAUGCCACGACAAGAGCUGUGUUGAGGGUUGUAAAGUAAAAUCCGCUUACCAAUCUGAUGGACCCUCCAAGCAACUCACUGGCCAAAAGCAUGAGGACAAAUGUCAUUCCAUUGUAACCUGCCGAGACACUCACCCGACACUUUAUACUUACGGCUUCACCUUCGGAAGCCCAUGGAACCUAAGUGGCAAAGGCAGUGAUCCGAAUCAAAAAAGAACGUGCCAAGACCUCUGCCAGGCAUUGGAAAAAGUGUGUCACGGCCGAUCGGUACUUGCCGACCUGGUCAUUAACAAAAUUCCAGCAUUCUUGUGGGAGAUAAGAUACAAAUUCUUCUAUACCCUCCUCGCCCUCUGGUCGCUCUCGCUCCUGUACCUGCUGCAUAUCGCCGUCGUCCGCCUCGACGUCCUGAGGAUACGCUACCACCUGAGAUCACCCGCAAGCCACCGCAUCGCCGCCCAGUCCCUCCUCGCCGCCGCACGCGUCAGGGCACUCCCCAACGUCAAGUACUUCUCACCGUAA